GUCUGUGUGCACUGACUCCGACUUACAACAGUGCGCUGUCAGCUGGUGCCCAGCGAAGACGUGCGAGCGAAACCUCCAGCGAUACCAGCAUGCUCCCACACACCUUCUGCAGCCCCGUCCAGUCCAGGUGUUGUACAAUGGACAAACCAGAGAUGAGCCCCCAAAGAAGCAGCAGUGAAGCAUUCCCCCAAGCAGCCUACAAAGAGACGCAUAAAAGCCGCCAGUCUCGCUUCCACAAUGACCUGAACUGCCCGGUGUGUCUUCAGACCGCGACAUCCCCAGUGGAGACCAAUUGCGGCCAUUUAUUCUGCGGUCCCUGUCUCAUUGAGUACUGGAACCACGACCCCUGGUUGGGAGCCAUCAGUUGUCCCCUCUGCAGACAAAAGGUGCACAUGCUCCACAGUGAUAUUUGUGAUGCUCAGCAGCACAGCCAGACAAGCAGAGCCGUCAUACAAGACAUCAGACGAUACAACAAUCGCUUCUCCGGAAAACCGCGACCUCUCACUGACUACCUAUAUGACCUGCCAUCACUUUUACACCUGGCUCUAAGGAGGAUCUUCACCAUGGGUGGACUUGUGUGGAUCUUCUGUCUCAGGAUAGUCGUGUGCCUGUUUGGCGCCAUCAUGUGUUUGUCUUCACCAUUCGUCGUCAUCCCCGAUCCCCUCUGCGGUGUCCUCAGCAUCAUUGACGACCUUGUCGUGAUCUUUCUUCUCCUCAUCUGCAUGAUCAACAUCUUACCGCAGUUGCGGUCGGAGGGGAUGACCAUGGUUCACACGGCCACACAGAGCAUCAUGUCCGAGUCCUGAGGGAUCCAUCGACGUAGCUGUGAUUGUACUCUACACGGAUGUUACAUGACCUUCCAUGACAAAUACUAGAACCGAAUGGAGAUAAGUAUUGGAUUCAAGCUGCUCUCAACCUCAGCACCCAGAGAUCACUGGGACUUCAGGCCAUUUCUACAUAUGUAGACUUAAAGGGACGGUAUACUUUAAGUUUUUCUAUGGUUCCCUUUAAUCAGCCAUGACAAGGCAGUGACUGUUGGGUACGUCAAUGGGGUGACUCCUGACCUGUACCAAUGCAGAGACCUUUAUAAUGCAGCUGUAGUGUUAUAAGCUGCUGACCUCAGAUGUAUUGGCCCUUUAAAUAACAUCUUCUAGGAUGUAUUGUUUCAUAUGUGAGGUUGUAAUUGUAUUUGUAACAUUAGAAGAAUGGGGAUUCUGUAAAUAUGACGUCUUCUUCUCCCCCUUGUACUUGAAUGCAUUAUGUUACAGGAUUGAUGUAUAUUUGUAACUAUAUUUAUUUUCCAUUAUCAAACUGAGGAUUUUUUUUGCAAUAAAAUGUUGCAAAUAUAAAUUU